AUGAGCAAUUAACCAAUUUUAAAGCCUUGCAAAUACUGCUAACAGUCAUUUCUCUAACAUGAAAUUUACAAUCAUCAGAGAUGUUGUAAUCUUAAAAAAACAUAAAGUUAAAAAAUUUAAUAAAAUAUUUAAGAAGUAAUUAAUGAUUAAUCAAAAAUUCCAUCAAAAGUUCAAUUAUUUUUAUAUUUUAAUAGGAAUUGGAAUAAAAAGAAAAAUAAGUAGAUUUUUAAAACUAAUAACUUUUGGUAUUAGAAGGUGAUGUCGAAUUUUAAGUUCCUGAGAAACUAAAAGACAAAAUUACUAUUGUUAGUGCUCUAAAACCUAAUAGCAAUAAAUAACAAAAUCCAGAGUAAUAAUAAUAAUAAUACUAAUAAUAAUACUAAUAAUAAUACUAAUAAUAGUAAUAAUAAUACUAAUAAUAGUAAUAGUAAUACUAAUAAUAGUAAUACCAAUAAUAAUAGUAUUAGUAAUAAUAAUAGUAAUAAUAAUAAUUAUAGUAAUAAUGCAAAUAAUAAAUAUCUAAUCAAUCCUUAGAAAGUUAUAGUGAAAAUAAAUUAACAAAAUGUGACCAUUGUAAUUGCUUUGUAAAUUUAAUUGAUUUGGAUUCACAUCAAAUGCAAUGCUCUUCAGUAAUUAGAUUCAAUGAUUUGCUUAAAACAAUUAAUGAAGAAUAAUGUAAAUCAAAUUACUUAGGAGGUUCAAUUUAAUAAUCAAACUAAAAUUAAAAUAAAGAAAAUAGUAAGAAUUAGAUUAUAAGCCAAUAGAGAAAUCAUAAUCAAUUUAUAGAUUAAUUUUAACCAAAAGAUUUCUCAAAUUAAUAAAAAGCUUGUUAAGUUGAGUUAGACUCUUCCUAAUAGAAUAAGCCACAAAAUUAAAUAAUUUCUGAAUAUCUUCAAAUAUUGUAAUAAUACAAACCAUUAAUCUAAAAAGGGAAAAGAUUAUUAGAUCAAGGUUCCUUUAAAAGUAUAAAUUUUAAAAGUACUUUUUCCCAAAAAGCCUGUUUACUUUGUUAGUAUCAAUUUAAAGAAGCAGAAUGUAUAUAUACUCUAUCGUGCUGCUUUGCAAAAUAUCAUUAAAAUUGUUUACAUAAAUACAUAACUUAAAGUAUUAAAUGUUCUAAUUGUAAGAUUUCGCUAUUUCCAUUAAGUUAAUAAUUAAAUCUUUGA